AUGCAGGAUGAUGGAAAUCUUGUUAUGUAUCCCGAAUACACCGCAGAAACGACAUGGGGUACUUAUUGGAGCUCUGAUACUGCUGCUGGAUACAAAGUCCAAUAUCAUCUUUACCUCAACAAAACCGGUUUACUACAGAUCUGGAAUAAAAGGAAUGAUCUUAACCCUAUUCAGACCUUGAAUUUUUAUUAUUAUGAAGAGGACCAGCUGAACUCUGGAGACAAGACUAUUUAUCGUGCAACCCUUGGUUUUGAUGGGGUUUUCCGGCUGUAUGCUUAUAAUGUUAUGAAUAGAAACAACAGUAUUAUGGAUAGUUGGCCGAAAGACAGUACAUGUGACAUAAUGGGUUUUUGUGGCCACAACAGUUUCUGCACAUUCAAUGACGACAAGCCAGAUAACAAGACAGUGUGCAAAUGUAUCCCGGGUCAUAAAUUUAUAGACACAAAUGAUGUUACUCUUGGAUGUGAAAGGAACUAUAUAUAA